AUGCCUCGGACCGGUAUUUCAUGCUCCUCAUCGUUGGGCAUCCGCCUUGAUGGAAACCAGCGUCCAUACGCUCCGGGCGACGCAAUCACCGGACACGUCUACCGAAGGAAUCACACUAUAAACACCAAUGCUUCAAUCGUCAUCUCAGUGUCGGGCAGGUCCAAGACCAAGAUCGUACUCCAAGAUAUAGACUUCGGCGACACCAAGCGAGGUCGUUUCAACCUCAUCUCCGCCAAGACUCAACUGAAGAUCUUUCAGGGUCCUAUCCAUAUUGGAGCGGGCGCCGACGAGCAUGUCUGGCCUUUUUCUAUUACACUGCCGAAAUAUGUCAAUCCAAGAUCCCUGAGAAACGAUAAGCAGAGGGAGAGUUUCCUACCCUUGCACCAGGAAGACCAUGUUCUCCCGUCAACGUAUAUGUAUUCCUCCGACGGAGAUAUUCAGGCUUUCAUCGAGUACUAUUUGACAGCUACACUGAAAUUUGGCGGGAAAAACAAAUCUGUUGAGGCUACGCUUCCGAUCACAGUGAUGAGAAUGCCCCUGAACCCUCCCAUCCCGGAUUUUGGUCUCAAUCGGGCCCGGAGCCAUCACAAGAUCGUGGCCUAUCGUCUCGUCCCGGGAACGGAAGAGACCAAGCUCUCAUUCUAUCAAGAACUCAAACAGAUCCUCCAAACAUCGAGCGUCCCCCUGCUUGCCUUCGACCUGAUUGUUAGCCUCCCAACCGUUAUCCAACUUGACAAUCCAGACCUUCUACCUGUGCUGUUUCAUAUCAUUCCAAGCAGAACAGCCACGAGCAAAGCCCUCCGCGAUGUGCCACAACAGGUUGAACUGUCAUUUAUCUCUAUUCGGGUUGUCAGGACCAUAGAUCUCCUCUGCAGCGGGAUUUUGUCUCCCCAUUCGAACGAGCGCUCCACAGAACUCGACCUUGAUGUCAUGGAUACUCUUUCUAAAGCCAAAGGCGGCAUUUACAUACCAUGUGCAAACGGCUCUCUUCCCGUCGAUCUUAGGGGGAUGAUUGAUUUGCGUCUCGGACGUCAUGGCCGCCAGUAUUUCAGGUCUCCAUCCUUUACCACAUACAACAUCCGCCAAUCACACAGUUUGAAAUGGGAGUUCAGGGGGGCGAUAGCUGGACAGUACUUUAAAGCAGAAGGCGUCUCUCCAGUAACAUUGCUGGCCCCAAGUGACGAGCGAGAGUCAGGACGGGUUGAACGGGAUGAAAAGGCCCCUUUGGCAAAUCCUGGAGCAGCGAACGAACCAUUUGUUGGACCCUCUCAACCAAUACGGAACGAGUAA